UCACGAAGCGCUCCGAAAGUAAUGCGCGCGGCAGACGGUCUUCGCGCGUCGAGCUCUCUGGUCGCUCCUCACGGUCACGCUUCUGUCUCGUUACACAAGUCGACACUUCGCGACGAAGAACGCAGGAGGCAGCCCCGUGGUUUCGGUAUCCGUAUCGCGUAUCGCGCGACGUUUCCGCGACGUCGGCUCGCGUCGACCGCGUUAACCGAGAAAGCCGCCGAAAGUCCGGCGUUGCGCCGAUCUCCGUCGCGGCACCGAGUUUUUCCAUUGUGUUCUAACACCGCAGCACCGCGGUUGCGAGACGACCUGAAGUUGUUCACGACUGGAGAAUUUGGUUCGCGUACAGUGCUUCUUUUUUCUGUGAUGUGCCCGAGAGCUACCACCAGCGGCCACCACGCCAGGAUGACGACGAUCGCCGCCUGGACCUGUGUCGUCGCCGUGCUGUGUUCAUCGAUUGUCGAAGCAAAAAAUACGAAUACGUAUAUAGACAUCGAACCGAAAAAAGACAUGGCUGUGCGAGUCGGCGAGAGCGUGCAGAUUUUAUGCAAAGCAGAUCAACCGCUUCGCGUUUGCCGCGUGGAGAUACCUGGUGAGGGUAGCAUUGUGUUUACUGGAACAGACCCGGCGGAAGAUGGCAUUGAGUAUUAUGGUACUGGACUAAAUACUGGCCAGUGCGGCGUCCAAAUCGCUAGGGUGAAAGAUACUCAUGAUGGCACCUUCAAAUGCUCCUUGACGACCAUUAAAGCCCGGCAAGAGGCAACUGCUUCUCUCAAGAUCAUCGUCGCGAGACCACCCAACAACCCUGAUCUUCGCACGAAUCGUGGAAGUGUCGGCGUGGGCAAAUUCAGAAAGGGCGAGAAAUUGGAAGUCAGCUGCAGCGCUCCAUCUGGUCGACCAGCAGCAAACGUAUCUCUGUUUCUCGACGAAGAGCCGAUUGGCGACGACAGAAACGCGUAUAAUCCGUAUAAUCCGUAUGUGGAGGAUAACUUGUCAGUGCAGAACGCUUCGCGCAGUCUAGAUUGGACAGAUAACGGCAAAACGUUAAGAUGCAUAGCCAGUCACAUCGCCCUCGACAGGCCCAAGGAAUCGACUAUGCAACUCGAAGUAUAUUAUCCACCUCAGCCACAUCAGACCUUUGAACGUUUCGGAUAUGUAAUUGGCAGACAGGGAAUUAUCAAUAUUACCAUUUUUGCGCAUCCUAGGCCACGAUUUACAUGGCGAGUGAACAACGAAAAAAUUGAUGAGGGUCGCCCUGACGAGAGUAAUCGAUUGGAAACUUCCACUGCCGUCGAUUUGGGGAAAGGAGCAUGGAGCGUAAUUCUGACGAUCGACAGCGUUCAGAAAUCCGACACGGAAAAGGAGUACGUGUUGGAGGCGCACAACGUCGAGGGAUCGUAUGAAUAUCGUAUCGUUUUGUCGACAUCCUCAGAACCGGCGGGCGUUGAUUUGGACGCUGGAUCCAUCAUCGGUAUCGUCGUGGGCGUUCUGGUGCUCGUACUCAUUAUUUUCCUCGUAAUCUUUGCACGCGCGACUGGCCGCUGGUGCUUUGCAGCGAGGCGUCGCGGCGACGAGGAGACUGCGGGUGACGUCGGCGCCGGAAGCGAGGCGCACAUCACGCCGGGCGACGAGGAAGACGAGGAUCAUGAGGACCCGCGUAUCAUCGACGAGAAGGUGCCGCAGGGUGGCCAAGAGAAUCCGAUACACACGAGCACCGAAUACGUGAACGGCCGUACGGACGUCAAAGACAUCAAGAAGGACGAGAAGACGGACACGCCCGUCUAAGGCUUGAAGCAAAAAGAAAAGAAAAGAAGACAAGAGAAGGGACGCAUUCCUCUCGCCUCGUUUCCUCCCUCUCACCUUUUACCUUUCCUUCGUACGGGAAAACCGAGCUGUCGCACUUUACCACGUCGGACUUUAACGGUAACGAUCCAAGUUUCCCUCCCUCCCCCCGGUGAUUUCCGCUUUUUGCGUGCAAAACGCGCGGACAUUUCCGUUAAGCGUCGCGAUUGGAAAGUGAUCAUCGUGGAGCGUGGAGUGGCCGACGCGAUACGAUUAUUUCCACGAUUAUUUCUUAUUCCUAUUAUCACGGCGCGAAUAAGACAGAAUAAUUUUAACCCUCUCGUUCUCCGCGUUAGCCGAGAAGAGCCGACCGCUAAGAGAUUACGCGUAAGAGUACGUAAACUAGGGUACAUAAACUUUAUAAAAUUAUAUAUAAAAUUUCCGUAAAGGACGGCUUCGUCGUGUAAUUGACUUGUUUGAAUGUGAUUCUCUGAAAUGCCUAGGGUAAUUAUAUAACACGGAUUAUAUAGAAAAAAAAAAAUUAUGAGAUUAUAUAGAGAGAAAGAAAAGAGAAGAAGAGAUUAUAUUAUAUGAAAUUAAAAGAAAAAAAAGUAUAUAUAUAAAACGUGUAUUCUAUCGUAUCACUGUAUCAGUAAUCAAUGCAUAUAAAUGUAAAAGUGGGUUUUAAAGUGUAAAGGGAAUUUUGGGGAUGAGAGGGUUAAAAGCAGCACGCACUGCCUACCUUGAUAAUGCCGAAAAAGUUGUUGAUAUUUAACAUACUCAUUUUAACAAAGAUAUUGAAAGAAAAGAUAUAAAAUUAUAAGAGACUUUUUGUGAUAAAUGAUUAAUAAUUUUCAAUAUCACUUUCCAUUACGAUAAAUUUUUUUCGCAACUUUUUAAAGGUUUCGGUACGUUCAAUUUUGCUCAUUAGAAAUUUCAACGAAGAAUACUAAAGUACGUUAUUACUACUUCUCAAUUCCUUCUUAUAAUCUCAGUGAUAAAUCGUUUACGUCUAUUGGCGAAACACUUGCCUUUCAAUUUGUGAAACUCGCCUUUGUACGAAAUAGUCAUUUUGUUAAAUAUUUCGCGCUUAUAUAUACAAAGAAAAAAAAGGCAAAAGAAGUCCGAAGAAACACUCGCGAAGAUAUCUACAUCCAUAAUGUGUGUCUCUAUAUCUAACGUAAAUUUGUGCGCACGCGCGCGUGUCGAAUCGAUCGACAUUGAGAGAAUCGUUGUCGAAAUUUUCAAUUGGGAAACGAAUUCUGUUUUAAUCGUACGUCGCCUUCUCAUUUUUUUCUGACGGCAGCCGGUUAAGCCUUCAAGUACGACCGUAAGUGUUCGCGUCAAGGAAGCGUGGUUCUCGAUCCGUCGAUAUACAUACAUUCGUUGAUGUUCCGAAUCUCCCCUCAUCAAUCGUCAACAAGGACAAAACUGCUCGGCAAGUCCGAUUUUUGUUUCCCUUUUUUUGUGGUGUAUGCGUGUUAACAGAAUCUCAAAGUGGUGCGAAACGCGAUCUUGCUGAUACGCAUAUAUAUAUAUACAUAAUUUUAUACUCAUUAUUCAUUGGUAUCCAUUAAGCCUUCGAGAAUUGAGGCAAUUAUUACUCUGAUCUGACCGUAUCAAUUACACGAAAAGAAUAAUUUUGUUGAAUUACAGAUCUGAAAAUAAUUAUGUUGAACCAUUAAUAAAAAAAUUGUAUCGGACGUUUAACUUGAUUGCUAGAACGUCAAAGUUGUUUACAGCAACAUUAUCAUACUUGGACGUCCAAUGUAAUUAUUUUGAUGGCCCAAUGUAAAAUUAUUUUUCGAUCUGCAUUAAGCUAAAAUUUUUAAUGCUGCAGUAUAAUUGUUCUUUCUGUGUAAUUUUAUAUAAAAUAUUUAUUAUUUAAAAGCUAGAAUCUUUUGUAAGGAAGGCAUAGAUCUAAUGUGAAUUUUGAAUUGAAUAUGAUGUGAAUUUUCUAUUUUUUUUUUACGAAUUUGUAAAUGUCGAGAUAUUGAAUGGCGAACGGGAGAUUUUCGCCGCGAUUUGCUCGCAACUGGACGCAUGUGAUUUUUCAUGGUGAACUUAGCAAUGAUUAUGAAGUAGCUAUGACAAAUUUCACACGGGGACACACCGUCCCCAAGUCACGAUAGGCAUCCUCUCGAUAACCGGAACAAAUCAAAUUGCGCAGCCGAGCGAACUUUUUAUAAAGACACAACAUACACACACACGCAUAUACAUUUGUUACACGACGGAUUUGUUACACAUUACGCGCGUACGUACACACGUAGAUACUUGCACGUGUAUCGGAUUAUUUGACGGGAACUAUAUUUUUGUCUCUAAAGGAAGCGUGACGUUCUACUUCUGUCUGAUUAAUUACCAAUUGCAGAAUUAAAAAAUUUAAAAUUUUAAGGAAAAUUAAUUUGAAGGAAAACGAGGGAUCGUCACAUUUAUCAAGUUAAAUACAAUUAAUAAUUACUAACUUAAUUAUUUUUAAAAUAAAAUCUGCAAUUAGAAAAAAAUUAAUCUCUAAAAUCUAAAAUUAAAUAUCAAAGUUUUACUUUUUAGAUAAUUUUGCAUCAGAAUCUUAUUAUCUUCAAUAUCUGUUUGCCUUGUAACUUGAUACUUGAGAUAAAAUAAAAACCCUAAGCUUACGGAAAGUAUUCGUGCAGGAAACAAUACGUGUGUGCGUUUUAUUAUUGCUAAGGCAAAAGAACACAUUCCUUAAGAUAUUUCCCUCGAAUUCAUUAGAAGUGUUUUAGAACUUGAAUCUUCGUGGAGAAAACGUAUACAAUACUGUGAUCACGCAUCAUUUUGGUUCUCUGCGAAACGUAACAAAUGUAACCAACGUUUCCGCCGUUGAUUUUCGAGAACGGUCGAAAUCUUGUUAAAAGUUUUUUUUUUAUCUGAACACAUUUGUCACGAUACGCACGCUGAUCUUAGCGCCACGAAAUUUUUACCAUGCGACAAACGAAUUUCCAGAUUUUAAUGUAUAUUCGUAUAAUAUUCGUAGAUGCGACGAAGGAGCAUGUAAGCGAGUAGCAGUAGCGAUCGUGAGAUCGCGAGUAAAAACAGAUCGCAAAAUUUCGAGAUCAAAGGUGCGAUCGUGUUUUACAUUACUAGGCAAGAUUAUUAUCCAGUGUCUUUUGUACUGUAACAUUUUGACGAAUAUUGUAACAUUCCUGACGUGUUUUACUGUGUGCUUUACUUAAAUACAUUUUAUCGGAGAGAGAUCUUUUUACAAGUUACAUAUAUACAUAGAGUACAAUAUAAGAUCAUUGCGCGAGUAUACGGAAUGUUGUGUAAGUGCUUAAACAGGAAUGCAACAUUCAUAUUAUUUAUUUAAUUUCGAAUUUGUGCAGACAGGAGUUUAUUGAUUCGUUCAAGGAACGAAAUAAUUAUCUCAAGAUAUACGCAUUCGAAAUUUUAAUUUAAGUUGAGAUUGAUUUGGAAUUUUUUAUUUUACUUCCUGUCUUCCUGACUUAUGCAACUUACGAAACAUCCUGUAUAUAGCUAUAGCGAUUAAACGUUUAACAAUGUUUCGAUUAUUACGCAACUUUAUAAGAUAUAAAUUUCACUUAGAAUCUUAUUUAUGAAACGAAAUGUAAUAAAUCAUUGCGUUUUAUAAAAAGUGCGAUUUUAUAUGCGGCGAUUUAAAUACAAGAAAUGCAUUCGAAUCCGACCGUGGAUCAUAUGAUUGACGGGCAUAAUCGAGCCAAUAAGAUUUAUAUGAUAUUCUUACGGUAUAUAUGAUAAAACAAAUUAUAUCCCUCCAUACGUCUCACUAGACAGUAUUAUAUAUCAACCGACAGUCUCCGUUUGACGUAACCUUUUCAUUCUGCGUAUUUUCUACAAUAAAUGUACAUGGCUAUUUGUAAGAGCGGCACUUGUGGUUACAUAGAUAACUACCGAACUUUUAUAUAAAAAGAAAGACGUAUUUAGUUUCAGUAAA